AUGCUUAUUCUGCAGCGCAAAAUCAAUGUGUGUUAUCAGGAGGAACUGGAGUCGAUGAUGACCAGAGCCGAAAAUGAAAAUGAAGAGCAUAAAGAAAAAGUGAAGAGGCUGAAUCAACUUCUAGAGCUCAAGAACAAUCGUAUCAAUCAGCUGGAAGGUAUUUUACGAAGUCAUGGCCUUCCAAUUUCUGGUGAUUUUAGCCUUACUGAUCCCACAGGGGUACUCAAUGGAUCAAUUCAGAUGCACCUGAAUUGGAAGUCUUCCUAUGUACCCCCAGAGAAAUCCCUGGAACUAGAUUCUCAGACUGCGGAGAAUGACAUUGAAGACAAUUCAGAGAUCUCAUCCAGUGAGGAAAAGUUGUCCUUUUCUCCUCAGGUCCAGGAGGCAUCUGCUGAGAUUCUGAUUGAAGCUGACCUGUAUCAAGUGAAGAAGAAACCUCAGCUGGGAGAAAGAAAGGAAAAGGAACACCAGAUUGCAGGCUACUCAAGAAGAAAACAUGGCAAGAGAAUGGGCACCCAAGGGAAGAACAGAAUGGAGUAUUUGGGUCGUAACAUCUUAAAUGGAAAGACAACACAGCAGGUGAACUGCUCUGAGUGGUCAUUCUCAGACCUUAAGAUCUCCGUAGAUGAGGAUUCCAAAGAUCAGCAAAAGGAAGAGGAAAUAGCAUCAUCUCAGUCAGCACUGUUGCAAAAGGAAGCCCUCUCUACUGAAAAUGGUAGAAAACAGUCCUUUGAACAAGCUUCUGAAGUCAGUGAAUCCCAAACUACUGACAGUGAUGACAUCAUAGUGUCACCGAGAUCUUUAACACAUCCUAAGGCAGACUCAGAGAAGAUGUGCAUUGAAAUUGUCUCCCUGGCCUUCUACCCAGAGGCCGAAGUGAUGUCUGAUGAGAAUAUAAAACAGGUCUAUGUGGAGUACAAGUUCUACGACCUGCCCUUAUCUGAAACGGAGACUCCAGUAUCCCUGAGGAAGCCGAGGCCGGGAGAAGUGAUCCAUUUCCACUUCAGCAAGGUGAUAGACCUGAACCCCCUGAAGCAUCAAGGUCGAAGGCAAUUUCUCUUCACCAUGCUGAAUGGACAAAGACAGGACCAAGCAGUUGGUCAUUUCAAGUUUACAGUGGUGAGUGAGCCUAUGGAUGAGGAACAGGAUGAAUGUCAAGAAGUAGGAUAUGCAUAUCUGGAACUGCGGAAGAUCCUGGAAUCAGGAAAAGACAUUCUAGAGCAAGAACUAGACAUUAUUAGCCCUGAAGAUCAGGUUACCCCAAUAGGAAGGCUGAAGGUGUCCCUUCAAGCUGCUGCUGCCCUCCACGCUAUUUACAAGGAGAUGACUGAAAAUUUGCUUUUGUGAUGAAACAGGGGCUAUUCCACUUUAAACUCUGAAGGAACCAUAGUAAAAUGUCUUAUAAAGUAACUCGCUAUACUGUGAAAUUUAGCCUAUUUGUAAAAAUGUCUAGUAUCUCUCAACCUGAUGACGAAAGCUUAAAACGAUGAA